GUCUGAGGGCUCGUCUGUCUGCCCGUCUGUCUGUCACUGUGGCGAGGCUGGUGCUGUCUGUGGCCUGUGCUCCUCCUGUCUCUCUCUCUGUGUUGCUUUUUGUCUCCCAUUGUGUGUUUUAAGUCACUACAAGCCAGCUAUUACCAGCCUUCUCGAUCCCUCCCGCUGUCCCUUGGUGGUUAUAGAUCCUCUCUUUCUGUGUUAAUAGUGUAACGAAGAACUUCUCUCGUUAUUUCAUCGUUCUGUUUCUCCACAAUCACUAUCAUCAUCAUCACCUUCAGUGUGUGUAACGGAGAACCUGUCAAGUUUAUGUAACGUCUCCUGUUACAAGACCACCAUCGCCUUCAGUGUAUGUGACCAAGGGCCUCUCAUUAUAUCACCACCUGUCACUAGCCUCCUGUUUCACCACCACCCACAUCACCAGCACCACCACUAUAUCUCCACCCCCACCAUGGCAGCCUACAUGUACUACUCCUCGGAGAGCUCAGACAGCGAGAACACAGCGGAGACCUCCAGCCUGGACUUCUCCUAUUUGAUGCUGGACACAGACUCCUUAGUGGUGCACCUCAGGAACAGCAUCCGUGAACAGCACAUGCAGCAGAGGUGUGCCCUGCAGAACACCUCCUCCAAGACCAGCCGGAGGAAAGGUGCCAGCAAUGAAGGAGAGUCAGGAGGAGGGGGAGGAGGAGGAGGAGGAAGUGGAGAGCAUGGCGAGGGGGAUGAGGACCGGUUAGCAGACGCUACCUACGACACAGUGACCAGGAAGCUGCUGCUGCAACACAACAUGCUGCUGACCCUGCCCUUUGAGAUCACCAGGUUCUCCAGCUUGGUGAGCCUCGACCUCUCCAACAACAACCUCACCCACGUCAACGACUUCCUCCUGCAACUCCCGGAGCUGCAGACGGUGUACCUUCAGAACAAUAACCUCGGGGACGACGGGCUGCCCAAGGAGCUCAGUACGCUCACUAGACUCAGGGAACUGAAUCUUAGCGGCAACAAGCUGACGCUCUUCCCCUCUCAGCUGUGUGAGGCGGUGAGCCUUCGCUACCUCUACCUCGGAGGGAACCAGAUCACGGAGAUUCUGCCAGAGAUCAAGGCACUGCAGAGCCUUCAAGUCCUGCACCUUGGAGGCAAUCAGCUGGAGACAGUCCCUGACGAGCUGGGUGAGCUCCACCAACUUGGCGCCCUCAUCCUCUGUGACAACCGCCUGCGCCGGCUGCCCAGGGUCAUCUCCAGCCUCACCCGCCUUCGCUCCCUCCUCCUCCACAAGAACAACCUCUGCUGCCUUCCUGUGGGGCUUGUCAAGCUCAGGGGACUCAUGGAGUUGAGUCUGCGCGACAAUCCUCUCGUCACAAGGUUUGUCAACUCAUGUGCAAGGGAGCUGAUGUACAACCCUCCCAGCCUCCUGGAGCUUGCUGCCCGAGUCAUCAAGCUCAAGAGAGUCGAAUACACCAGCAGAGACCUGCCGAGAAACCUUGUUGGCUACCUCUCCCAUGGCCAGAGAUGCGUCAACCCUCAAUGCAAAGGCAUGUAUUUCACGUCCUGUGUUGAGCACAUCAAGUUUGUCGACUUCUGCGGGAUGUACCGCGUGCCACUGAUGCACUACCUCUGCUCCUCCCGCUGCUCCUCCAAGACCCCAGACUAUUACCGCGCUCUGUCAGAGUCAGACAGCGAAGAGGAUGAGCCGUCGGCCAGGAUGAAGCGGGUGCUGCUUGGAUAAGCCUCAGCCAGCUGGUCAGCACUCAGAUCAUCUCUGUCUUUGCUCAGCUGACCUUCAGAGCCAAAGCCAAAGUGUAUUCAAGAAUGAGUCACACCAUGCAGGACUCAAGCACUCACCGCAUAUAAAUGUUAAGCUAAUAAGGCGCAGUCUCAUCACCGUCACUUAGCCCUUCAAGCUGUCAAACAGUGUAUGGAGCAAGGCAAGGGGUGACGACUGCUGUGACACUAUAUUGGAGGGUUUUAAAAACUUACCAAAAUAGAUAUGGCAGUAUUUUACUCCAUUAGUUUGUCACUCAGGUAAUGAGAAGUCUUAACUCCAUGUGCCAUAACUUCCAUGUAAACUAAACCUAUAAGUGUGACCAAGGAGUGGGAUGUUAUUUCCUGCUUGAAGGAGUCUUAGCGUGCCUUGUACUGUCCAUGGUGAGGUGGCUGAGGUCCUUGUGUGGUGUGGCUCAUGCAGACAAUAAUGGGCAGCCCUCCACUGGUAGCUGUGUUCCCUUGUUAUGGUCCUGAGAGUAGUUUAGAGGAUAAUGCUUUCCCAUAUCAUGCCAUACCAAUACCACUUAACACCUUAGCUCAUAAGUGGAAGGUGGUGAUCAAAGAAGUAUAUUAACAACCCACAGACAUGAUCGUCCAAGGUUAAUUUAGAGAACAAAAGCAGUUCGCCACUAUCUCCCUACCUAUGUAUACUUCCUAUCUACUUUGCUUGAGCCUAUCACUCCAUUUAGCUGGUCACCUUCUACCCACUUUAUGCCCUUCUCCAUAACUUAAUAUUUACCUUCACAAACAUUUUUUUUCAUCCUUGUCAUAAUCCUUUCCUGCCAUUGUAUUGUUCUUCACCUCCUUGUACUCACUGUGUUAUUUUUAUUUUGUUUAUUUUUAUUUUUUUUACAGCUAAGGAGACAGUUCAAGGGCAUAAAGAAAAAUAUAAAAAAAAGCCCUCUCUUUCUCAUCCAUGCCAUGACAAAAUACCCAACACGCAAUAAUCUCACAUUUCCACUAAGUACGUACCCUCUAAAUACUCUACCGUGUCAAGUAUUUAUCUGUAAAUACUCUACGAGAACUUGAAAAUUCCCAUACUUUAAAAAUUCCAGUACUUGAUUGAAAGCAACACCGAAUUUUCCUAGCUUUUCUGCCAUUAAAUUCCUGUGUAUUAUGCUUUCAAGGUUGUGGUUAGAUAUGUUAUAUAAUCUCAACACUGUGAUGUGACGGACUGUAACAAGGGAGCAACAGCGGGCUUGGAAAGGCUCAGUCACGUAUUUUAGUGGCAUCAAAUUAAUGAGUGGUUUGACUAUACAUGCUUUUCUAGAGUUCUUUAUAUAGUAGAAGCUUUUAUAAUUCUUUACAGAGGACUUUCUGUAGCUUACCUGUGAUACCUUGUUGAGGAUAUAAUUGGUUUUACCUGUAGCAGUUAUUUUCCCUCCAUUGAUAUAUAGACUUGCACCACGACAAGUCUUACCACAAAAUUGUUGCUCUUUGAAUACUAUAUUUUUAUAUCUGUUACCAUAUUUGUGCAAAAUGCAAUCCAAAGUUUACUUCA